AUGGAACGUUGGGGAGUGAAGAGGAGAAAGAGGAAUAGGACAGGGGUGUGGGAGUAUUAUAUAGAUUUUCAUAUUGAGCAAAUGAGAGAUUUGGUGGAUGUUGAAAAGGUUUCUAAAGAUCCUGAGUUUAUUCAAGAAAUAUGUGAAAAUUAUAUAGACAUUGAUAAAAUAUAAAAGAAACAGUUUUCAAACUUAAAAAUAUUGAAGAUCAAUGUGUCAGAACUAAUGAUGCUCGCAAUAAAUACUUCAAGCUUGUGAGAGAAAGAGACAAUGUUGGUGUUAACCACUUCAGAAAAAUCAGUCUUGGUAUGAUCGCAGUAGGAAGAACAAAAAAGAAAAAGUUAGAGGAUUUCGACUUGGAACAUGGAGAAGAGAUAGAAAUGCUGAAGAAAUCAUUUGAGGAAGAGAGGGCUAAGACUGAGAAUAUGAUCGAUAAUGCAAUUUUGGAAGAGAUUUACCAGGAAGUUAAGAGGAAUGUAGAUGGUUUCAAAGAAGAUAAGAUCUCACAGAGGAUAGAAGAGCAGGUGAAGAAUAUAUAACUGAAGCCUCUUAUAAGAUAAAAUUCAACUGGGAUCCUAAAGAAUCAAGGAUGGAAAUGACGUUCUUUUUGGUUGAUAAGAACGAUGACGUUGACAAAAUAAAAGAAAAGUUUUUUGAAAAUAUAAUAAAAAAUCCAAUAAAUCGAAGUUUAUCAGAUCUGAUUGAUGAAAGUUGAGAAGAAGUGUGAUUUGCCUUAGACCCACAGUUACAGCAAGAGAACAAAGAGUUUUUCGAGAAAACUAAAGUCCAAUACUUCAUCGAUCUCAUUAAGAUGUGAGAUCUCCCGAAGGUUGAUACAAUUAUCUUGCAGAAUUUUUAUUUUAAAGAUGAAGAAUUAGAUCCGAUUCUGGAGACUGUCAUUUCGUCUCUAUUUCAAAGGCUAGUAUUCAAAUAACUGUGACUUUCAAAUAUCUCAGCAAGCAGAGUUGGAGCCAAUAGUUAAAAAUAUCAAUCCUUCUUGAAUUCGGUCAGCUGGUUUGAGCGAAGAUCCUAAAGAAAUGCUAGAUUGAUCCGAAGAUGGAGAAAGAGAAAGCGAAGAAGAAACUGAAGAAGAAAAUAAAGAAGAACAAAUUAAGAAUAGAAAAAGAAAUAUUAAAAGUAAGGGUAAAGAUCCUCAAGACAAGCCAACUUCUUCGAAAGACUAUAUCAACCAAUACCUGAAGAUAAAGCUAUCUAGUUUACAAGAAGAAAAUAAGAUUGAGCAGCCAUCUCCUCAUCCAACUAAAAUGAGACCUUUGUAUAGUCUGUCUUUCAUUGAGUGAUUUACACCAGAAUCAGCUUAUUACUCUUUGAACGAUGGAAAGAGUAUUGACCCCAACUACUUUAAACAUCAUGCUGCUUCAUCCUGUGCAGAAGCCCUCCUCCUAGACCAAGCCUCAAUGACGCAUAAAAUCAACAAAAUCCUUCACAAAAUCAGUACAGUCUCCCUGCAAAACCCUAUGUACAAGGAAAGAGGCCUCAUGUGCCUAACUCUACAGGAUUGCUACCUUCCAGAGGACGAUUACGAGGUUAUUAAGCAAAUGAGGAUAGUUUUAGGGUAAGGUCAAGUGUGGUGGAGUUAGGCCGAAGAGAUUUUAUUGGAAAUAGAGAUAGUAUGGUGUGUGCUUGGAGGAUAUGUUAAAUAAAAUUUUGGUUAAUGGAGGUUUAGGGUUUGGUUGUUGUGAUUUGUUGCUGUCGUAAAAGAUUGGCGAAAUGUUUUGGAAUUAUCUAGAAUGAUAAAGUUUUAUGGAUCGUUUGAGGUCUUAAUGUUUUAAACUUUAUCUACAUUUGGUUUAUAAUUAAGAGAAGAUGGAAUCAGUUAGGAAUCUUCAUUGUUUCAGACAGUCCCAAAUAACCCCCUUUAAUUGUGUAGAUACUCUGCCUCAAUUUAAGUUGCACAAAAUAUCUAUCAAACAAUUUUAUGGAUGCCUCCCUCAAAAUCAAAAUCUAAUGUUCAACUCUAAUAUUC